GGACGCGGUUUCUUUCAUUGGGUAAAGCAGCAGCUAAUAAGAACAUCAGCCGAUCUUCAUCUCUAUCUGAACUCUGUCCUAGUGCUGCUCCUCUCACUCUGCCUUAGAAUCGUUGACGUCGCCACUCCUCAAUCUCACUUUGCUGCUUUAAUUUGUCACCUUCAACCUCUUCCUUGCCUCGAUCGCUUUUCUUCAUUCAAAACUCUGGUACAUAGCUUCUCAUUCCCUUCCUUUAUUUAUUUUUUUCGAAUUUCCAUGUUAAGUCCAUCAUCCGUUUCUUUUCUGGAUAGAUUUUUCUAAAGUUUUCCACACAAUGGAAGUAGGGGCUGCUCUUGUAGCUUCUACCUUUGAAUGGUUAAUCAAUAAGUUGGAGUCCGAGGCCACUGAUUGGUUUGAAUCAAGAAAGGAGGCACGUGAUGCAUUAGAGAAUUGGAAAAAACUUUUGCCAAACAUACGUGAUGUUCUUGAAGAUGCAGAGAGGAAGCAAUUAACCAAUAAUGCUGUAAAGACAUGGCUUUCAGAGCUUAGAGACAUAGCUUAUGAUAUGGAGGAUGUCCUGCGCGGAGUUGAAGCUGAUGCACGGAGGCAAAAAUUGAAUUUAAAAACUUGUGAUCAAGCCAGCACCAGUAGAGCCAGAAAACUUAUCCCAACACCAUCAUGUUUCACUGGUUGUAGUUGUAUUCCCUGUGAUUUCAAGGUUGAUCGCGAGACUAUGUCCAAGAUAAAGGGCAUUACUGAUAGAUUGAAAAACAUCAAGGAACAGAGAGAUGCAUUGAACCUGAAAAGUGAAGAUGGGACCAACAGAGCAGUUACGCAAAGGAUUCUCACUACUGGGAUGCCUGAAAGUCAUUUUUUUGGCCGGGAAGAGGAUAAGGAUGCUAUUCUUCAAAAGUUGUUAAUUAAUGAAGAUAGUACCAAAUGCUUUUCUGUGAUUCCCAUCGUUGGAAUGGGAGGAUUAGGGAAGACUACACUCGCUAGUCUUGUUUAUAAUGAUGAGAAAUUGAAAGGUGUGUUUAGGCCAAAAGCAUGGGUUUGUGUCUCUGAUGAAUUUGAUGAUCUUCGAAUAGCAAUAUCUAUUUUGGAUCAAAUGGGCGUGAAAUCUGAUUCAAAAGAUCCUGUAGUGAUUCACAGCAAGCUGAAAGAAAUGUUGUCUGGACAGAAGUUUUUACUUAUACUUGAUGGUGCUUGGAACAACAACUAUCACCUUUGGAACAGAUUACAAGGGCUUUUCAUGUUAGGAGCACUCGGAAGCAAAAUAAUUGUUACGACACGCGACCAGAAAGUUGCGAAAAGCAUGAGAGGAGAUGAUUGGGUUUAUCAUCUUGAUUUGUUUCCAGAUAAUGAGUGUUUGUCAUUGUUGGCCAGACAUGCACUAGAAACAGAAAAUUUUGAUUCAUAUGGGCAUCUCAAAGGAAUCGGUGAAGAAAUAGUGAAAAAAUGCAAAGGUUUGCCUUUGGCUAUAACAACCAUUGGAGGACUCCUUCGUGAAGAUCGGUUAAAUCCUAACAAAUGGAGGGAAGUAUUAAACAGUGAGAUAUGGAAAGUAUCAGAAGAGAUAGGUGGAGUUCUUCCAGCUUUGAGAUUGAGCUAUCAUCAUCUUCCUUCUCAUUUAAAACAAUGCUUCGCCUUUUGUGCUAUAUUUCCGAAUGAUUUUGAGCUUGAUGAGGAUGAUUUGGUGCUAUUGUGGAUGGCGCAAGGGUUUCUUCGACAACAUCAACAGAUAGAUGGAAUGAAGGAAAUGAAAAGCCUGGGUCAUCAAUACUUCCGUGAUUUGUUAUUGAGAUCAUUUUUCCAGCGAUCACGUAGCAAUUCAUCACUCUUUGUCAUGCAUGACCUUAUGAUGGAGUUAGCCCGAGCUGUUGCUUCAGAAACUUACUGCCAACUAGAUAUGUCAGUCAACAAGAAACUAGAAGUCACUCGCCAUCUUUCAUUCUUUCCUGCUAGGAGAUAUGGAUGGAACUUCUUAUCAAAUAAAGUGAUGCAUUAUUUGUUUUCAAACUUGAGAUGCUUAAGGGUCUUGUCUUUCAAUGGUUAUCAGAUAAAGAAGAUUCCAGAUUCAAUUGGAGAUUUGAAGCUUUUGUGCUAUAUUAAUUUAUCUUGGACUGAAAUCCAAAGUUUACCUGAUUCUGUGAGUUUUCUUGUAUACUUACAAACAUUGAUAUUAAGAUGUUGUACGAAUCUUACUCAGUUGCCAGAGGGUAUCGUGAAUUUAGUUGACUUGCUUCAUCUUGAUAUUGCUCAUACAACGAGAUUAAAGGUGUUACCGUCAGGAAUUGGCAGGCUGACAAAUCUUUUGACACUGUCCAAAUUUGUUAUUGGAGGUGGGCUGAGACUAGGAGAGUUGAAACACUUGAAGCAACUUCAAGGCGAUCUACUCAUCUCAAAUCUACAUAAAGUCUCAGAUUUUCGAGAUGUUAGUGAAGCCAACCUUCAUGAGAUUGAGGGCCUUGAUGAGUUAAUCUUGCAAUGGACUGAUGAUUUCCAAACUUCACGAAAUGUAAGCAAUGAAAAUAAGGUACUUUAUGAGUUGAGACCUCAUUGCAAUUUGAAGAGGUUUACAAUCGAGUUCUUUGGUGGACUGGAAUUUCCAUCUUGGAUAGGUGAUCCAUUUUUCUGCAAAUUGGAGUACCUGGAACUACGUGGUUGUCAAAACAUCACUUUAUUACCACCCCUUGGGCAAUUACCAUUGCUAAAAGAAUUGAUCAUAGGAGGCAUGCCUGAGUUUACUGGAGAUAACUCCUUUUCCGGUAGUUUUUCAUCACUAGAGAAGCUGACACUGAAGGACUGUCCCAAGUUGAUCGAAAAAUUACCUAGUCACCUUCCUUUUCUCAAAAUUCUGGUGAUUAGAAAUUGUCCUCAAUUAAGUUAUUCACUACUGAGUCUCCCAUCACUUGGAGAGUUGGAAAUAACAAGUUGCAAUGAGGCAGUUCUUAGGAACAUGAUGGAUGUCACUUGCCUCACCUCUUUGAAGAUUGAGAAAAUUCCAAAGCUUGCAUGCUUGCCUAAAAGCAUAACACAGUUCUUGAGAGCUGUUGAAACAGUAGACAUAAAAGAAUGUGAUGAACUUACUUGCUUGUGGGAGGACGAAGCCAGCCUUGCCAGUCUUAAGUGUCUGAGGAUUCAGGAGUGCCCUUUACUUGAUUGCCUGCCUAAUGGACUGCAUGCUCUCACUUGCCUUAAGGAAUUGUCCAUACAAAAGUGCAAAAAAUUUGUGCGCGUUCCAGUAACUAGCUUGCCAUUGCAUCUCAAAAAGCUUGAGCUUGAUGAUUUGGUGGUUUUGGAGUCAUUGCUUGAUGGAUUGAUGAAAAUAGGGGAUGAAGGCAACAAUAUGCUGCAACUUGAAGAAUUAGUCAUUAAAGGAUGUGAGCAGCUCAAAUCUUUUCCCAGAGACAAGUUACCCAGCACUCUAAAAAGGCUGAGAAUCCAAAAUUGUGAAAAUUUAGAGUCCUUACCAGAGGGAGUGAAUCUUGAACAUUUUCAGAUUUAUAAUCUCCCAUCUCUGAAGUGUUUUCCUAUUUCCAAGUUACCAAGUGCUCUUAAGAGGCUGGAAAUUAGGAAGUGCAAGCAAUUAGAGUCACUUCCAGACAGGUUGUUGCAGGAUUGUACACAACUUAAAGAGAUGUGGAUUGAGGAUGUGGAAAAUCUCAGAAGCUUACCUAUUGAUUUCAUGCACAACCUCAGUGGUCUUGUUGAAUUAGAGUUAAAUUCUUGUGAAGGUUUCGAGUCCUUGCCAGAAAUGGACUGGUCGUCCGUCCCCAAUCUUAAAACUUUGAAGAUUCAGAAUUUGAAAAAUCUCAAGUCUUUACCCAAUGAGAUGUGCAACCUCACAUCCAUCCGAUGUUUAAUUAUAAUUGAUUGUCCAGGUAUCGCAUCCAUACCAGAAGGAGGUUUUCCUUUAAACCUAAAAACACUUGAAAUCAGAGGUGAAGGCUUGAGGCAGUCGAUGUUAGAGUGGGGCCUUGACAAACUUACCUCACUUGAAUCAUUCAAAAUUGGGGAUAUAUGUCCUCCAGAUAAUUUGCAGCUUCCGAAGUCUCUAAAAAAUCUUACUAUAAUAAGGAUGAGUAAUUUGAAAUCCAUACCAAAAGUCCUCCUUCAAAACCUCCAUUCUCUCGAGAAGUUAGGUUUUUUUUUGUGCCCAAAGCUUCGAUCCUUGCCUGAGGAAGGCCUACCCACCUCACUUCAAGUGUUCCAUCUCCUUGGCUGUCCCCUUUUGGAAAAACGGUGCUUGGAGGAGAAAGGAGACUAUUGGCAUCUCAUUGCCGACAUCCCUUGCGUUUGGCCUUCGAUCCAAUUGGAGUCAGGUACAGCUUUCUGACAUGUGGGGUUUUGCCAUCGAUGUUGUGAGGGAAGCUAUUGAUUUUGGUUUCAUUUUUUUUUUUUCCUUUCUUUCCAUGAUAUACAUCUAGCAUUUGAAGAUGAAGAGUCUGAAGAUACCUAAAAGCUGAAUCUGUUGUGAAACUACUUCUGUAGAUGCUGGAAACCAAAUGCAAGACAUGUAGCUCAGUGAUGAGUUUUGGUUGUUAAGUUAAUGCUAAAGAACCAGAGUGGUGUUGAAUAAAAGCAUUACUUUGUA